AUGGCUAAGAUUAACCAAGAUAUGAUCUACCGGGAUCAUAGAAUUAAAACUUUUGAAGAAUCACAAGUUGUGAAAGAAAGGUCGUUUCUUUGGGAGGACCAUACCGAUGUUGUUAAUGUCGAUGUAUUGAUCAAUGCAGGGUUCUAUUAUAAUCCAAUUAGACGUUAUAAGACAAGAGUUACAUGUACAUACUGUGGUCAUUCAUCAUAUAUAAAUAGUCAGAAUGAUCUUGACAAAAUAUUAUACAAACACAAACGAGCCAAUUCAUCGUGUCCUAUGAAUCAAAUCCUUGAAAUGGUUAAAUUAACUUCAAAAGUAAAAAAUAACCACCAUGAAGUUAAGAGACUUUGGCAGAAGAAUCAAAACUUUCUGGAUCCAUCUAGUUCAGAGAGUCAAGCUUUUAGGGAACAAUUUUACAUUAACUAUCCAUUAGAUAAAAUUGAUUCAGUGCCCAAUUCUAGAUCAUUAUCAAAAGCAGGUUUUAUUUAUAGUCCCAGAAGUAUUGAAGAUGAUAGAGUAACAUGUAUGUAUUGUCAAUGUGCAUUAGAUUUCUGGGAAGUUGAUGAUGAUCCUAUUCAAGAACAUAUUAAGAAUGAACAGGGAUAUUGUUACUUUUUGGAUACACUUAAUAUUAGCACGAGUGGACAGAUUGUACCUGAAGAGUCAAAUGAAUCAAUUGCACUUGACGAGCCAACUAAAUCAAAUGUACCCGACGAGUCAACAAAAUCAAAUGUACCCGACGAGUCAACAAAAUCAAUUGAAGAGUCAAUGAAAGAGGUAUCUGAUUCACAGGAUGAACAGGACCAAGAAGAUAGUAAAGUUGAUGGCCUGAGCAUUGUUGAAGUCUCUCGAAAUACGAAAGAUGACAAAACCAAGAAUUCCACUAGCAUUUUUAAUGAAAGCGAUAGCGGGAGUGAAAAUGAUAUUGUGGAGAUUCAAGAGAUUCAAGAGCAAAAUAUGAUCCAUCAAAAUGAGAUCAAAGAUGAUUCUAUGUUGGUUGACGAAACAAGCAAUAAGAGUGCUGAUGUCAAUAAUGAUGAAUUACCCGAUUUUGAUGAGCAAAUAGAUGAUGAAAGUACAAAUAAUCAUUUCGACAACUCGUUUCUGUCGCCAAAUACAUCUCGGUCCAAGAAUCUGUCAAUAAUUAAACUGCCAGUAAGAGAGACCAGUGAACAACCAGCCACCUACAGAAGAUCAAAACGCAUAAAAAGAUUGUACAGUGAGAGAGAUCGAAAUGUGGAUUAUUGGGACAAAAUUCCGGAUGAUGAUUUGCUCCAGGAAUUUAUUGAUGUAUCACAGAAGUCAACCAGCUCCAAGAGGGAGAAAGAGAAACAGAGAGACACUGAUUCGAAGGAUGACCAAAUCAAGAGCGAUGAUAGACAUCUUGAAUUAGAUUUCAGUGAAGACCACUCUCAAAAUGAUGAUUUUGACAUCCCUAUGAAUGAGCCUGACAAUAUUGAAGAAGAUAAUGAUGUGCAAGAAAUGCUGGACAUUGAAGAAAUCAUCAAACCUGAAACUCGAAGUGAAAGUCUGGAUGAAGAGAAGCACAAAGAAAUUGAGUCUGAAGAAGAAGACUCUACAACAGACGCCGAACACAAGAGUAGAAUAUCAUUAGAGAAAGAAGUGUCUGAUAUAGAACUGGAAAGUGAAGUUGAAAUAUCUGAUAGCAGACAUGUGACAAAUGAGAAUGAAAAUAAUUUAGAGUCAGAUGCUGAAAAUGAGAAACACGGAUCUGAGAAUGAGGUUGACGAAUCAAAUGCAGAAUCAAAUGCAGAAUCAAAUGCAGAAUCAAAUGCAGAAUCAAAUGCAGAAUCAAAUGAAGAAGAACAACUAGAAUCUGAAUAUGAAAGUGAGAAUGAAAGUUCAGAAAUACCAGAACCUGUUGAUGAGCUGUAUGAAGUUACAGAAUCUUCUGACGAUUCUAUCGAUGUAUUUGAGACUUUGAGAAAGAAACCCAAAUCGGCUACCAAGAGGAACAAGGAACCAACUCCAAAGGUAGAAGCUAAAACUAAGACUAAACCGGAACCAAAACAACCAAGAAAAAUAACAAUAACAAGAAGGGAAAAAUCAACCACCCCCCUUCCUAGUUUAUUUGAUGAUUCCAGUGAUAAUUUUGAAUAUGACGAAAAACAUGUUGAAAAACUUGAAAGUCAGGUAGCCAAAAAACCAGUGGGGCGUAAGUCAGAUGAAGCAAAUAUCAAGAGUAUUUUGCCAGUUCCUAAAAAUCCAUCACCUCCAAGAAAACUUUCAAUUACUGCAGAUCAAAAAUCAACGGGAAAACACAAUUCGUCACCUAUUAGAUUCUUAGAUGGAUUAAAAGAGUCUAAAGCAAAAAGAAGAAAGGUAUCCAAACCUAACAUUCUUGAUAUGUCAUUUGAAUCAGCACAAAAGUUUAGUAGCCCUAUAAGAUUUUCACAAUCAAAAAAGGAGAAUGGAAUCAUUGCGAAAUCUGAUGACGAAAAAGAAUUAGGAUCUAACAAUAAAGUCAUUAAUGAAUCUCCUUCAAACGAUGAUAAUAGCCUUGACAAUAACGAUGAAGUUAAGAACGUUAGCAACUUAUUGAAAGGUAUUGAUAGUUGUGAUGAUUCAUCUCACUCUAUAGACAAGAAAUCGGAUUCAGUCAUUUCUAAAGAGAGUGAACAUACUUUUGAGGAUUCCCCUAAGAAGGAAUCAGAAUCAAUAGACCCGGAUGCAAGUUAUGAUAUAUUAUUUGACAACGGUGAAGAAAAUGAUAAGGAAGAUCAAAACGAAGUUUAUGUUGAUGCUGAGCCUGAAGGAAAGAAUGAACCUUCAAAGAGAAUGGCCACGGUUGAAAAAGUUGUCGAGCAAGUUGUUUCUUCUCGAGACAAAAUCGAAAGAUUAUCUACACCGAAUAUCGAAGAAAUUCAAGGAACCAGUACGUCAAACAAUUCCAGAAUUGAUAUUGACGAUGAGGAUGCCGAAAGUGUUGAUGAUUCACCGUUGGAUAAACCCAAUGUAGAAUCGGGUGAAGGGAUUGCAGAUGACACUAAUAGCAUUGAAGAAUUGGUAACCAGCGAAGAAGGGGAAGGUGAUGAUGUUCAUGAAGAUGAUAGCAAGAUUCAGAAAGACAAUGAUUUAAAUCCAAAUGAUUCUUCACCUAAAAAACUUUACUUAGACACCAUUGAAUUUGAUAAAUCGCCAGUCAAAGAAAUUAUUGAACCAGAAGAAGUUUACCCCGAUAGCAACAGAGAGGAAGAUACGGUUGAUAUUUUGUUAUCCAUGGAGCCAAAAGCGUCACCGGCAAGAGGAAGAAGCAGAGAAUCGACCAAAGAUCUAAAAAAGGAACAAGUAGAUAUCGACUCAGUAGAGUCAGAGUCAGAGUCGGAAUCGGAAUCAGAAUCGGAAUCGGAAAAGGAGAUAACAGCUGAAUCCAAUUUGUUGUAUAAUGUUACAAACCAAGAGGAAAACUCCAUGUCACGAAAGGAAGAGACAGACAAGGUAAGACAUGCUACAGAAAUCAAUGAUAUAUCCAAUCAUAUCCAUAGUGAUCAGAGGAUUGAUUCACCUCGAGCAGCGAUCAACAAAAGGAUAUCUUUUAAGGACCCUGCCACAUCUCCAUUGGCCAUGAACUCUUCAUUAUCACACAUUCACAAACAAGAAGAGGGGACUACUAAAGAAGAAAGAGUUUCAUUAAAUGGUCCGCAAAAGAGAUGGGAACCAAGACCUUUAACAAAAUUUGUUGAACAAAUAAAGUUUUUAGAAUCCAGUGCUAAGGAAUUGAAAGAAUUGGCCAAUUCAGAAUACGACUUGAAUAAUGAUGUCAAUGGUGAUAUCACGCGGUUUAUUGCGGAAAUGCCUGAAGAAGAAGAGGAAAUGACAAUCAAGCAAUGGAUGGAACACUGUGCAACUAAUUGUCGAGAUAUAGUCACCCAGUCGUGUAGUGAACUUGGAGAUUUUAUUCUUGAAGAAUAUGAUCGCGCUAUCCAAGAAAUUGAGAGUAUGCCCACAAUUGAUUGA